UUAGCUGUUAUUUGUUUUCGUUUUUUAGGACAUGGUCACUUCACCAUUAGUAGAUAUAAUAACUUGUAACAUGAAAACAUCUAUAACUCCAAAAGACUACACAAUCGCAGUUGAAAAAAACAUUGAUUUUGAAAUAUCCUAUUGUCCAAUGUUAUUUGGUUCUAGUACACGUCAAGAUACUUUUACUUUAGCUAAUAUACUUUAUAUUAAAGGAAAAUCGAAAGACUUAAUAAUUACAACUGGUGCAGCUAAUAAACUAGACAUACGCAAUCCUCGUGACGUGAUGAAUUUAGGUAUUUUACUAGGUCUUUCAAGAAAACAAUCAACCAAAUCAGUCACUCAAGGAUCUUAUUCAAUUAUUUUAAAGAGCUAUGGUCGGAAAUUAGGAAAGUCUGCAAUACAUUUGAAACCUAUGAACAACAGUUCUUAAUAUUAAUUUGUAUUAUGAAUAUAAU